ACCCGUAACCGGUGUGCACAUUAGGGUUUUUGCGAUCGAACAAGUAUCUUAAAGUGGAAAGACAGUGUUGCAGUAGUACGAGUAACCACUAACCAGUAAGUUGAAGUGCGAAAGGGAAUUUAAAUUCUGGAAAUGGGUAGCGAAGAUGAUUCUUCAAUUGAGCAAGCAGUUUCGUCGCGUCGUGAGAGGCUCCUCGCUCUCAGAGCCGCACAAGAACUCUCCAACGCUCCCGAACAAGACCAAGAUCCCUCUUCUAACCCUAAUCACACUGCCUCCAACAACAACAACGAUCCUCACAAUGAUGAUGAUGAUCAGGAAGAGAACCUGAGUAUGAAAUUCCGGAACUAUGUGCCUCAUGACAAAGAGCUUCAGGAAGGGAAGCUUGCCCCUGCAGUGCUCCCCAAGUUUGAGGACCCUGCUGCACCAGCUCCUCCACCUGACACUACUGAGGAUCCGUUUCUGAAUAUUGCUCCCAAGAAACCAAACUGGGACCUCCGGAGAGAUGUGCAGAAGAAGCUCGAUAAGCUUGAGAAACGGACUCAGAAGGCUCUCUAUAAGCUUAUGGAGGAGCAAGAAAAGCAAAAGCAGUUGAUUGAAGGAGAAGAAUCAAAUGGCACAACAGAUUAGAUUGCAAUUUAUUGCUGCAACUGAAGAUACAUAUAUCGAAGCAUUUGUUAAAUCCCACCUCAUUUAAUCUGCUUGAUGCAAACAAAAACUGGGUUCUGAUGCACAAGUCUUUGCGACUUUGCAAUGUACGGUCAAUUACUCAAUGUUGUAUCAUUCACUCCUCUUUCAAUGGCGAAGUAAUGAGAAUUAGAUAAUUUAGAAUUGUUUGUAAAGGAAAUAUCUUAAAUACUGGCAGCUGCAUUAAAUUACAUAUUCGUUUCACUCGGUUUUUACUUUCA